AGCACAGCACAAGAGCAUUCGGGUUUUUAUUCCCAGUGAUAAUGAAUACUAUUAAAGCUGUUAAAAAUGCAAUAGUCUGUCUCGUCUUGCUGCCCCGUUUUCUGAUGGCAGCUGUCAUGUUUUGGCUGCUUGACUUUUUAUGCAUAAGGAAAAGGGUUUUCUUCAGGAUGAAGGAGCAGGAGGGCGAUGCCAUCGAUCCUCCGCUGUGCAUAUCGGACUCCAAUCGUCUCUUCAGCCUGGAGUCCCUCAAGGCAGUGUGGCACGGCCAUAAACUGGACUUUCUGAAAGCAGCGCAUCUCGGACACGGAGCGCCCAACACCGAAGUUGUUCAGCUUGAGGAUCAGCGGCGCAGCCGCAUCCUCGAUUACGCAAACGACAAGAGACCGCUCAUCCUCAACUUUGGCAGCUGCACCUGACCACCGUUCAUGGCGCGUCUGAAGGCUUUCCAGGGAGUCGUGCAGCAGAACGCGGAUAUAGCAGACUCUGUAGUUGUGUACAUCGAGGAAGCGCACCCUUCCGACGGCUGGAUGAGCACUGACGCGCCCUAUCAGAUCCCCAAACACCGGUGUCUGGAGGACCGGCUGAACGCUGCGCAGCUGAUGCACCUGGAGGUGCCCGGCUGCCUGGUGGUGGUCGACAGCAUGGAAAACUCCUCCAACGCUGCGUACGGAGCUUAUUUCGACAGGCUUUAUAUACUGCAGGAGGGAAAGAUAGUUUACCAGGGUGGCAGAGGACCUGAAGGGUAUCGGAUCACCGAGCUCAGAGACUGGCUGGAUCAAUACAGAGAAAAGCUGGAAAAAAACAGUAAUCUAGUUAUUCAUGUGUAGAUUAAUUCUCAUGUUUUUUAGAGCUGCUACGAUGAAAAGAAAAUGCUGCAGAUUCUUUCAGUAUUAUAACUCCAGUUAGAUUUUCUCCAUCAAUAAUAGUUGAAGUGUAUUUAUUUUUGAAUCAAAGCAGUUCGUUCAGAUGUACUACAGUAGGCUUCAUGUCAUAUAGGAUCCACCCACAAACAGGUUAGUUUGUUUGGACCUCGUUUGUUCGUGAACAAAAGUAUUUUGUGUGUUAGAAGUUUUGUUUUGGUCUCCUCUCCUCCUGUAAAUGCGCCUUUAAUGAAUCAGUCGGGAUCGUGAGGUGUGCGCAUCACUGUGUUCGUCAGUAUUGUUGUGAAGUUCGGUUUUUAAACGGACUGAAUCCAGAGAACCGAGACUGAUGUUUUUCAUACUGGAGAUCAUGGUGAAGGUGCUGCUGUCUGCCCUGCAUGGCGCAACUGUUUUGUAAAUAUUGUUCCGUUUUA